CCCGCCCCUUUCAAAAUGGCAGAGGAUCUACUGUCUCGUUUCGACGACUACAGCAGCAUCGGAGGGGCGGGAGGAGGAAUGGGAGGUCUGGAGGGACAGAGAAGAGAGAGAUCUCUAGGCGGAGGAGUCAAUCCUUUUGGAGACGUGGUGGUAGAGGGAGGAACAUACCGUCAACAAUCACAAGAGAAACCAGUAGAAAGGAAGGCACAAGAGUACCCAAUACUGAGACGACAGGACAUCACACGGAUCCGCAUUCCUAGUCACAUCACUCAUGUCGUUGUCAGUAAUAAUCUCCUCACGGUCGCUGUAUUGGGCAACACUAUAUAUAGGUUUGAUCUUAAGGAAGCUAAGCCUCCAGAGAUGUGUGAGAUUAAGAGAGAUGACGAUGUGAGGAUUCAUAAGAUGUUCCAAGAUCCAAAGUCACAUCAUCUCCUCGUCUGCAUGGAGUCAAAGGAGAUGUACCACAUUGCAAGGGGUGGGGUCAAGAAAACCCAGCCACGCCUCCAGCCAAGGCUCAAAGGUCAUCUUGUGGAGAGUGUUGCUUGGAAUAAACUGGAGAUUUCAGAACACAGCACUGGGGCUAUACUACUGGGCACUAAUAAUGGUGUGAUAUGUGAGGCACAGGUACAGGUUGAUUCUAAGAGGAGCAGUUGUACCGAAUUGUAUCAACUGAUGCCUGACAUGACAGGAUCAGCGGAAUCAGUCACUGGUCUGCUGAUGGAGCCGUUCCCAAAGUACAAUGACAAAUGGUAUAUACUAGCAACAACUCCGUGUCGGGUGUACCAGUUCAUUGGACAUAUCAAUACUAAGAAUGAGCCUCAGUUUAUGGAACUAUUCUCAUUUUAUAACGAUCAAGUGAAAGUUCAAUUUCAAGAGAUCCCUGGGUCACUCAAGGACAGUAAACUAUGUGUCUGGCCUCCUCACUCGCCAGAGCCCCCUAUAGCCUUUGCUUGGCUCACCGGAGCAGGCGUGUACUAUAGCACUCUAGUGUUUGGGGACCAGCAGCCAGGAGAGACACUCUUCCUUGAGAAAAACCUCAUACCUUAUUCAGCAGUGGCUGAGACUGGGGAAGAUAUAGUAAUUGAAUGGGAUCAAUCCGACCUUGUUCUACCCAUUGGGCUAGCAUUGACCAAAUUUCACUGUGUCCUGCUAUACAGAGACAAAAUUGUUGCUAUAUGUCACCUCAACAAUAAGAAGGUUUUUGAGGAGCCAUUUAACGCAAGAAGGAAUGGUCCAUUGCUUGCUAUGUCUACUGAUCCUGUAACUCGUAAUAUUUGGACUAAUGCUAAGAUGAAUUUAAUGAUGUACUCACCUCAUGCCGAAUCAAGGAAUGUUUGGAAGAUUUAUCUUGAUCAGGAAAAGUUUGACCUUGCACAGAAAUAUGCAGCUGAUGAUCAACAGAACCUUGACUCCAUAUUGAUAAGACAAGCUGAGCAUUACUUCACUAAAGGAAGGUAUGAAGAUGCUGCCAUUGUUUUCUCUAGAAGUCGUUUGUCAUUUGAGCAGGUUACUCUCAAGUUCAUGCAGAUCAACAAGAAGGAAGCCCUCAAGUUAUUCUUGAAGCGUAAAUUAGCCUUACUCUCUCCUAAAGACCUCACCCAGAGGACAAUGCUCAGUACUUGGCUGACAGAGCUAUACCUCAAUGAGUUAGGGAACCUCAGCGACGAGAGAAACAUGGAAGCUUACCUCAGACUCCAGAAAGAGUUUCAUGACUUUCUUGACCUGCCAGAGCUUAAAAAAUGUUUUAGCGAUAAUAGCAGGACAAUUUAUGAUCUGAUGGCAAGUCAUGGAUCGACAGAUGACAUCAUAUACUUUGCUAAAACAAUGAGAGAUUACGAUAAGGUGAUAACUCAUUACAUACAGCAGUACAAAUAUGAAGAUGCUCUUGAUAUACUCACAGAGCAGGCAGCCAUGGCCCUCCAUCAUCCAGAAAAGAAUGAAAGGAAGAUACUGUUUCAGAAGUUUGCCGGUUUCUAUUACAAGUUCUCUCCAGUUUUUGUGAAGCACAUACCAAUGAAGACAGUUCAGAGCUGGAUAGCAGCAGGAAGGUAUCUCGAUCCAAAGAAACUCAUCCCCUCACUGAUACAACCACGACAGACAGAUGAAGCUCUUCAAGAUGAACAGAAUGCAGCUGCUAUCAUUUAUCUUGAGCAUUGUGUGAACUCACUCCAGUCUGAAGUCAUGUCAGUUCACAAUUUCCUCAUUUCCUCUUACGCCAAUAGCAAGGAAGGGACUGACCAUCGUAAGCUUAGGGAGUACCUCAUCAACCAAUCAAAAAGUGGUUUUGCUCCUCUUUAUGACCCCCACUAUGCUCUGAGACUGUGUUUGGAUAAUGGCCGACUCAACGUCCCUUGUGUCUACAUAUACUCUGCAAUGGGCCUUUAUGAGGAGUCUGUAUCACUGGCUUUAAAGUGUAACGAGGUUACUCUUGCUCGUACUAUCAUCAAUGAGAAUGCAAUGGUUAGAAAAGACACACAGCUACAGAAGAAGCUCUGGCUAAUGAUUGCCCAGCAUGUCAUCAAAGAAAAGAAAGACAUUAAAGGGGCGAUGCAGUUUCUAAAGGAUUGCAAUGUCCUCAAAAUUGAAGACAUUCUCCCUUUCUUUUCUGAUGUUGUCACCAUCGAUCAAUUCAAGGAUGCCAUAUGUGACUCAUUGCAAGAGUACAACUCACACAUUGAGCAGCUCAAGAAAGAAAUGCAAGGAGCCACUGAGAGUGCUAGAAACAUUCGCUCAGACAUUCAAGAAAUACGUAACAAGUCCGUUCUUAUCAAGUCGAGUGAAAAGUGUAACGUGUGUCAGGGUCGGUUGCUCUCGCGUGCUUUCUACAUGUUCCCUUGUCGUCACACUUUCCAUCGUGAUUGUCUCACCGAUGUCAUAGCAUCUACUCUCUCUGCUAACGAGACUCGUCGGAUGAACUCACUAAUACAUUUGGCAGAAGAAUCAAGAGAUUUGAAAGAAAGAGAAACUAGCAAGCACCAGUUGGAUCAGUUGAUAGCUAAUGAUUGUCCUUAUUGUGGUAUGAAGAUGAUCUGGUCCAUAUCCCUCCCUUUGAUACCAAUACGAGACUUAGACCAAUUAAUAGAGUCCUGGAAUUAGUUUAUAAUAACAUGACACUGCUACUGUUUGUUAAUUGUGUGACUUUCAUAUUAUAGUAAUACUUAUUAUUGUUUUGCUUUAAUUGUCAUCUUUUGUGUGCAAGAAUGAUUGUAUUAUAUAAUAAUAAUUAUGUGCAAAAUAUCUGGUACUGCCA